CAGAUGCGUGCGACAGUCGGAGAGUUUGAGUUUCAGAGGAAGGAUAUAAAACGUUAGCGUUCGCACUGUCGUUAAAGGGGUCUGUGGGACAUACUGAGCGAAAGAUAAGGAAUGGCAGUUGAUAUUUGUUGCCAAUUGAGAGCCGUCUGGUAAGAGUUGAGAGCUUGUUUCGUUCUUAUACACAAGUGUUAUUAAUUACUCAUAAAUGCGAAUAUCAUUUGAACUGCCCUUACGUUGAUUUUCUGGAUUCUAUAGGCAUAGAUACACAUUUUGCGCAAUGGAGCCCUAAAUAGUUGUAUAUUUUCUUUAAAAAUAGGACUUAUAGAACCGUUUUUAGACCCUGGAGACUUUCGAAGUUGCAGAAGAGCAACAAGAUAAACGUACAUAAUUUGGGCGAAAUCCACUGAAUCAACACUGAUUCAGCAAUGCCAUCCCAUUGGUCACAGACGUCAGUUCAAUGUUUAGUUUUGAUUUACAUGUGGUUGAGUUAUCACUAACGUGAAUUCAAAUAAACAUGCCACCAUGUCAUUCGAUUUAGGCAAAAAGUUGGGUAAACGACGAAAUUCCCCUAUGUUGAUUUUUGUUGUUUCAAAUCCAAUCAGUUUUCCAAGUUGAUUCAACAUCAUCAUAUUGAUUUUUUUGGUUGAAAGGACGUUGACUCAACCAGUUUUUGCCCAGUAGGAUGGGUCCUAAGACUUACUCCAGCCUCUUCUGCUGCCAAAAAAGGGCGACUUCAAGAGCUUGAGGGGGCAACACCACAACACAACCCUUACAGCCUGACACACAACCAACACAAACACAUACUGAACCUCCAGCCAUGCUGUCGAACGAGAGCUGUGAGAACAGCACCCAUAUCCACACGGACGGGAACCCGGUGGUGAGCACAGUGAUGUUCAUCCUGGGGGUGAUGGGGAACUUCAUCGCCCUGGCCAUCUUGGGUGUCCACCGGAAGGAGCGGCGCACCAAGUCCUCCGUCUUCUGCAUCCUGGUGACGGGGCUGGCCCUCACUGACCUGCUGGGUACCUGCUUCCUCAGCCCCCUGGUGUUUGUGUGCUACGCCCGCCAGCGGUCCCUGCUGGGGCUCACUGGGGACCAGGGACUCUGUGGCCUCUUCGCCUUUGCCAUGACCUUCUUCGGCCUGGCCUCCAUGCUCAUCCUCUGUGCCAUGGCCGUGGAGCGCUGCCUGGCCAUCAGCCACCCCUAUUUUUACUCCAAGUGCGUCCGACGCAGCUUCGCCAAGGUGGCCCUCCUGCUUAUUUACAUCUCCACCUGCGCCUUCUGUGUUUUGCCAUUCUUCGGCUUUGGCCGCCACAAGCAGUACUGCCCGGGCACGUGGUGCUUCAUCAAGAUGGAGGCGGCAGGCGAGGGGGUGGACGAAGAGAGGAAGGUUCUGGCGUUCUCGCUGUCCUACGCCUCGCUCAUGGCGCUGCUGAUCGUGGCGGUGUUUGUGUGCAACGGCUCGGUGAUUGUCAGCCUGUGCCGGAUGCACCGCAGCCAGAUGAUACGGCGUGGUUCGGUGGUGAAUGGAGGGAGGAAGAGGAAGAUGAGUCUGGGCUGGUUCGGACAGGGAGAGGAGGAGAUGGACCACCUGAUGCUGCUGGCCUCCAUGACGGUCAUCUUCGUUGUCUGCUCCUUGCCGCUCACUAUUGCCGGUUUUGCCAAUGCCAUCGAGCCGGUGGGUGACGACCAGGAGAACCUGCUGGCGUUCCGUUUCCAGGCCCUCAACCCAAUCGUGGACCCCUGGGUCUUCAUCAUCUUCCGCAAGUCCGUGUUCCGCCACCUCCGCUCGCUGCUGCGCUGCCGCUUCACGGGGGGAGCGGUGAAGAACACGGCCCACUGCACCUUCUCCUUAACCCCUGACGACCACAGGGAGUCUCCCAAACCCUUGCCUUCUGUGUCCUUGCAGCCCAAGCUUGACUCCAGCCUCUUAUGUGGGGGUGGGACUCGGGGCAGGAAAGAGGAUGGGCUUUAGGGAUGGAUGGAUGUGGGAGAGUAGACAAUUGGGGGAAGGGGUUCGGGAUUUAGGGUUUGGAGAAUUAACUUUUUUGACCACUAGUACUUACCUUAUCCACUGUUGACUAGAAUGCAUAUAGUAUACCUAUGCAUGAGUAUACCGAUGCAUGAGCUACGUUUCAUACAUUCAUACAUGUUUCAUACAUGUGAGUGCCAUAUAAAAAGACUGCAAAGGAGUGGAUAAAGUGAGCGAUUAUGCCUCCAAACACUGAAAACAAAAAAAAAUGCAAUGGAUAUAUGCAGGAGAAGACCACUAAGGGGGAUUCAUUAUGGACAACCAGCCCUGGAAGGGCAAAGGGCAGGGUAAAGAACUCUGUCAACAUACAGUGCCUUCAGAAAGUAUUCAUACUUUAUUUUUACCUUUAACUAAGCAAUUCAGUUAAUAACAAAUUCUUUGCCUUGUUCAGGGGCAGAACAACCGAUUUUUACCUUGUCAGCUCGGGGAUUUGAUCUUGCAACUUCUCGGUUACAAGUCCAACAUUCUAACCACUAGGCUACCUGCCACCCCUUGACUUAUUCUACAUUUUGUUGUGUUACAGCCUGAAUUCAAAAUGGAUUAGAUAUAUUGUUUUUCUCACCCAUUACACCCCAUGAUGACGAAGUGAAAAUAUGUUUUUAGAAAUGUUUGCAAAUGUAUUGAAAAUGAAAUACAGGAAUAUCUUAUUUACAUAAGUAUUCACACCCCCUGAGUCAAUACAUGUUACAAUUACCUUUCGGAGCGAUUACAGCUGUGAGCUUUGCACACCUGGAUUGUACAAUAUUUGCACGUUAUAUAUUUUUUUUAAUCCUUCAAGCUCUGUCAUUGCUAUACAGACAUUUUCAAGUCUUGCCAUGGAUUUUCAAGCCGAUUUAAGUCAAAACUGUAACUAAGCCAAUCAGGAACAUUCAAUGACAUCUUGGUAAGCUACUCCAAUGUACAGUAUAUUUGGCCUUGUGUUUAGGUUAUUAUCCUACUGAAAGGUGAAUUUGUCUCCCAGUGUCUGUUGGAAAGCAGACUGAACCAGGUUUUCCUGUAUAACUUUUUGAAGCUCUGAGGACCCAUGAUAAAUCUUUUCACGACUUUUCACGACUGUCUUGGUGUGUUUGGAUCAUGAUAGUUUGUUGGUGAUGUGGACACCCAGGAACUUUAAGCUCUCAACCUGAUCCACUACAGCCCCGUCGAUGAGAAUGGGGGCAUGCUUGGCCCUCCUUUUCCUGUAGUCCACAAUCAUCUCUUUUUGUCUUGAUCACGUUGAGGAGGAGGUUGUUGUCCUGGCACCACACUUCCAGGUUUCUGAUCUUCUCCCUAAAGGCUGUCUCAUCGUUGUCGGUGAUCAGGCCUACCACCAUUGUGUCAUCGGUAAACUUAAUGAUAGUGUUGGAGUCGUGCUUGGCCACGCAGUCAUGGGGGAACAGGGAGUACAGGAUGGGACUAAGCACGCACCCCUGAGGGGCACCAUUGUUGAGGAUAAGCGUGGCAGAUGUGUUGUUGCCUACCCUUACCACCUGGGGGCUGCCCAUCAGGAAGUCCAGGAUCCAGUUGCAGAGGGAGGUGUUAGUCCCAAGGUCCUUACCUUAGUGAUGAGCUUUGAGGGCACUAUGGUGUUAAACGCUGAGCUGUAGUUAAUGAACAGCAUUCUCACGUAGGUGUUCCUUUUGUCCAGGUGGGAAAGGGCAGUGUUGAGUGCAAUAGAGAUUUGCAUCAUCUGUGGAUAUGUUAGGGCGGUAUGCAAAUCCCAGUGUUUCUGGGAUGAUGGUGUUGAUGUGAGCCAUAACCAGCCUUUCUAAGCACUUCAUGGCUACUGAUGUAAGUGAUACGGGGCCGUAGUCAUUUAGGCAGGUUACCUUUGGUUUCUUGGGCACAGGGACAAUUCUUUACAAUUAAAGAUAUUAUUUGACUUGUUAAGCACAUUUUUACUCCUGAACUUAUUUAGGCCGGCCAUAACAAAGGGGUUGAAUACUUAUUGACUCGAGACAUUUCAGCUUUUCAUUUGUAAUUUGUAAACAUUUCUAAAAACCUAAUCCGUUUGAAAUUCAGGCUGAAACAACAAAAUGUGGAAAAGUCAAGGGGUAUGAAUAGUUUCUGAAGGCAGUGUAAAUACACACCCGGUGAAGCCCGUGAAAACAUUGCACUAGGUCUUCUGUCCAGGUAUCACUGAACUCCAUUUCCAAGCUGGGGAAAGAAUGUUCCUGUUAAAAUAUCUACUAAUAAUUUGGUUAGCUUACCAAAGAUGGUAUGGCGGUGUCCACUAUUACUACCUUAUGGAAUUUAGAUUUCCUCACUUCCUGAAUGAUUUCACAUCUUGUAAAUGUACAAAACAGACAAUAUGCCCUUGCAUAUGCCCAAGGCAUUCAGGUCAUUAUCUUCAAAUGACAUCCACAACAGUGUAGUAAAUCAACAUGCAGGAAUGAGAAAGCUCUGUUUUAUUGACAACCUCUUUGCCCUCUUAGCUCUUAAAAUGUCUCUCUCUGAUCUGUCACAUAAUUGACGUGCGGGAUGCAGGUCACAGCUAGCCUCGUACGCACCAUCCGAUUCUCGUGCGCUCACGUGCACGGAUCCGUGUAGUGAAACAGAAUGUAAGCGCGUGCGAUCAGAAUGGUUGGUAGCGGGCUAGGUCACAUCAGGUCACCUUCCUACAACAUGAAGGUCUCUUCUGCGUGCAUGUCCCCUGGAUCUAUGAUCAAGUUUUAAAAGAGGGUCAAUCUCUUUAUCUUCUUUUAAGGAGGAAUGGAUCAUGGAUCCGGUGCAUGUGCACGUGACAUGUCUUAAAUCCAUGUCUCAGUUUCCAAACCUUUGCAUCCAACACUUCCGUCAUCAAUACGCUGUUGUAGGUAGUCAAAUCUAGGGUGCAUUAUGGGCUCAUUGAGAGAGACCUGUGUCUAUGGCACUAUUCUGUUGUACAAUAUAUUGUAUGGACAUUCCUUAGUGCACUCGCUCAAGAGGGUACCGCAUCUCCUUCUUAUCAAGCUAAUUCAUUUGACCUAUAUUGUCACAGCAAAAUAAUCCUGCAGCAAAAGGAUUUGAACAUUUAGUCCACAUUGUUUCUUGGUCGGUGGUUAGGCUAUUGGUAAAAAAUGAGGCCACAUGAAAAGUGCAAUACUGUUAAUAUAACCGUGUGUUAAUGUGUGUUUUCAGUGAAUUUAUGUACAUCAUGAUGCUCAUAUGCAUUUAAUGCAGUGCGGCGAUCAAAUGAAGAUCCUACGUCUGUAUGAGUCUGUUUGAAUGUAGUCAAUAUAUGAACUGCUCCCGUGUCUGUAGUCCUGUCGUUGAAAAAGCUCACAAAACGAUGUUUGAAGUUGUUGCUUUUUCUGUCCGCUUUCUCCUCUGCCACUAUGGCUGUGGUUACGUAGGUUUGCGCAAUUCUGAUAUUUUCACAUCCAUCAGAUAUUUCUUUAGAGCUGAUCUGAUUGUUAAAUAGGCCAAUUACAAAAAAAGAAAGAUCAGAAUAUGGCUGCCUGUGUAAACGCAGCCUCAGAUAGUGAUUGCAUGAAGAGUGCUGCGUUUGUGUUUGCUGGUGGUAAGUCCUUUUUGUGUACGUUUCUAUGUGUUCUCUCAGUUGUGUUGUAUGGAUGUUUUGUGCUGUUGUGUUUGAUGUUUUGUGUAUGUGGUUUGUGUUGUGUUUUGCGGUGUGUUGUAGUGAUUUUGUUUCCUGAGCUAUGAUGUGCUACAUACCCAGUGUGUGUUCCAGCCUGGCUUCUUGCACUUGAGAAUAUACGGUGUCAGAUAUGUUCUUGCAGUAUUGGGAUCAAUUGUAACAAAUGUGAAUACAUGUUAGACGUGUUAUAUAUAGGUUGCUGUACAUGUUCCUAUGUAAAAAGAUGAAAAUGCUAAAUAAAGAUUAAGAGUAUAUAUAA